CAUCAAACGCGCGGGGACUGAGCACCGAAGGAAAACAGAGGGCAAAAGCACGAACAUUUUCAACGGAGAGAGGAUGCUGAAGGAUCUUUACGUUAAAAGGACAUUCAAAAGAUCACCUCGACACUAGAGUGCAAGGAUAGAUGGGAAGAACAUGAAGUAUUGAGAGAAUACAUACUCUGUGCCAGUCUUUAAUGUUUAAGAAAAUAACAGGAAUGGGGGAAUUGGCUCGUCAAGGCAGUACAGGAUAGGCGAUUUGCCAAGAGUACAGUGGAUGAAGAGCCUGACGAAGAGAAAGAGAGAGAGAAAGAGAGAGGAACUUUACAGAACAUUGCUCUUUUUCCUCCCCUUUUUUCUUCUCCUUUUAGCUUCCGAGCUCCAGUGUCACAGCUGAUGACCUGUUUUAGGGAGUCUGGACUGCAGGGCUGAGUGAAGAAAGAAAGGAGGAGGCGGAGGAGAAGGAGAGGGUCUUGUUUGCUGAGGGCAGAGCCCCGGCGUUUUAUGUUGUUCACUUGCAGUCGCUCUUUCUCACAAACGGACCAUGUGGUCUUCGCCAAGGAAAAACUGUCUGCCCUCACGGGAUUGGCCCAGCGCCAACAGCAGUCACCUCACCAGCCUGAGGGCAUCCUUGUGGAUACUAACAUUAUGCUGCUGGGGCUUGUGUGUGGUGCAGACCCAAAACUACCACCCCACAGUCAAUACUCAAUAUGGGAAGUUGCGGGGGGUGAGGUUCCCCUUGCCCAGUGAGAUCCUGGGGCCUGUGGACCAGUACAUGGGGGUGCCCUAUGCCGCCGCCCCAGUCGGGGAGAAGCGCUUCAUGCCUCCCGAGCCACCCUCAGCCUGGUCGGGCAUCAAAAACGCCACAAGCUUCGCUCCUGUGUGCCCACAGAACAUCCAGAAUGCGGUGCCUGAGAUCAUGAUGCCCAUCUGGUUCACCUUCAACCUGGACAUAGUGGCAAACUAUAUCCAAGACCAGAACGAGGAUUGCCUUUAUCUCAACAUAUAUGUUCCUACUGAGGAUGACAUACGAGAUACGGGGGCCAAACCUGUAAUGGUGUACAUCCACGGAGGCUCCUACAUGGAGGGGACCGGAAACAUGAUUGACGGCAGUGUUCUGGCCAGCUACGGGAAUGUCAUUGUCAUCACGCUCAACUACCGUGUUGGAGUUCUUGGUUUCCUUAGUACUGGUGACCAGGCCGCUAAGGGGAACUAUGGCCUUCUGGACCAGAUCCAGGCCCUGCGUUGGAUCAGUGAGAACAUUGGCUACUUCGGGGGUGAUUCCAACCGCAUCACGGUGUUUGGCUCUGGAAUAGGGGCUUCCUGUGUCAGCCUGCUCACCCUUUCCCACCACUCUGAAGGACUAUUCCACAGGGCCAUCAUCCAGAGUGGCAGUGCCCUCUCCAGCUGGGCUGUCAACUAUCAGCCUGUCAAGUACACACGCUUCCUGGCUGAAAAGGUGGGUUGUAACGUUCUGGACACUCUGGACAUGGUGGACUGCCUGAGGAAGAAAAGCUCCAGGGAGCUGGUGGAACAGGACAUCCAGCCCGCUCGCUACCACGUAGCCUUCGGACCCGUCAUUGACGGUGACGUCAUACCCGACGACCCAGAGAUCCUAAUGGAGCAGGGCGAGUUCCUCAACUACGACAUCAUGCUGGGCGUCAACCAGGGCGAAGGUUUGAGGUUCGUGGAGAACGUAGUGGACUCUGAGGACGGCGUCUCCGGGAACGACUUUGACUUCUCUGUGUCAGACUUUGUGGACAGCCUGUAUGGCUACCCAGAGGGGAAGGACACCCUGAGGGAAACCAUUAAGUUCAUGUACACGGACUGGGCUGACCGCGACAACCCAGAGACGCGCCGGAAGACCCUGGUGGCCCUGUUCACCGACCACCAGUGGGUGGAGCCGUCAGUGGUGACGGCAGACCUCCAUGCACGCUAUGGUUCGCCCACCUACUUCUAUGCCUUCUACCACCACUGUCAGAGCCUGAUGAAGCCUGCCUGGUCAGAUGCGGCACACGGCGACGAGGUGCCCUACGUUUUUGGCGCUCCCAUGAUCGGAUCCUCCGACCUGUUCCCCUGCAACUUCUCCAAGAACGACGUCAUGCUCAGUGCGGUGGUGAUGACCUACUGGACCAACUUUGCCAAGACGGGGUGA